UAGAAGUAGUAGGGCUUUAAAGCACAAAGCUUUUGCCCAAAUAGGAGGAGGGCAGCAGACUUUUGCAUCUCUGCUCCGCUCUACACUCCCUGUGUCACUCCUUCUCUCCCUGCUUUCUCCUUUCCUCAUUCAGUGUGUGAGAUGGGAGAGAGAAUCCCACCUGGGAGUUACUUCCAGUACCCUCUUCCUGGAGUACGUGCUUCUCCUCAUAGGCCUUCUCCUAUCCCCACAGAUCGUGAAAGAUAUUUGGCUGAGUUGUUGGCAGAAAAACAGAAGUUGGGCCCCUUUAUGCAAGUUCUGCCAUUUUGCACCAGGCUUCUAAAUCAAGAAAUCAAACGAGUCUCAGGUUUUAAUCAGAGUUUUUUUGAACACGAAAGAUUUGACCAUGAGAGUCCUUUUAGGUCAUUAGCUCAACCCCCCAAUGGGAGACAAAUGGAUUUGGAUGGAUGGUCUGUGAUGCAAACUGAGGAAAAUGGGCAUCUGCAGCAAAUGGCCCCAAUUCAAGCUGCUGCAAUGGGCUGGCCUGGUGUGCCGGGAGUUCCUAAAACACCUAUUGUAAAGAGAGUUGUUAGGCUUGAUGUUCCUGUGGAUAAGUAUCCGACUUAUAAUUUUGUUGGCCGAAUUCUGGGACCACGAGGAAACUCUUUGAAAAGAGUUGAAGCUAUGACAGAGUGUAGGGUGUACAUAAGGGGCAAGGGUUCGGUAAAGGAUUCUGUAAAGGAAGAGAAACUAAAGGAUAAACCAGGAUAUGAACACCUUAAUGAGCCCCUGCAUGUGUUAGUAGAGGCUGAAUUUCCAGAGGAUAUAAUAAAUGCCCGCCUAGAUCAAGCAGUGGCUAUACUAGAAAACCUUUUGAAGCCUGUGGAUGAAUCAUUGGAUCAGUAUAAGAAACAACAACUGAGGGAAUUGGCUAUGCUGAAUGGUACUCUAAGGGAAGAAAGUCCGAGUAUGAGCCCUAGUAUUAGUCCGAGCAUGUCUCCCUUUAACAGUGCAGGAAUGAAACGUGCCAAGACAGGAAAAUAAAUCCAUUCAUUCAUAUUGAAUCAUGAUUUCAUUUCCAGAUCACACCAAACUGAUUGAUUGAAGCCUUGAUUGGAGAAUUAUCAUGAAUUUACUUCAUCAUAACAGUGGGGGCCUGAUUCAGGAAGCACUGAGUAUACUCCUGCUUCAUCGUUUUAUUCAUCUGCUGUCACCUUUAUCACCUAUACCUAUAACCUAUUCUUUCACAUUAUUUCUUUGGACAUCAGUUUAUAGUUUGGUUAGUUAAAAGAAACUCAUUCCCUAAUUGUUUUAGCCGUGUCCUUCCAUGUUCUGUAUCAUGUAACCUUUGGUACAGCCAGAAGACUACAGCUGACAGUCUUAUUCCUAUUGCAUGCAUAUCUCCAUAUAUGCAUGCUUAUGACAUAAAAGAACCGAUUACAGAUUGUAAUGUAAUUUGCCAAAUAAUGCUAUUUUCAGUAUCUUGUUUAAUAUCUUCAUAUUUUGUGAUAGAACCAAUUUAUUAGUACCUCAUAUUCAUGUUGUCCCCUUUGUAGAGGUCAAGGUGUGUGGGUACACUUUUGUACCUUAAAGGUUUUUGAAGAGGGUAUUAUUUACAGAGUCUAGUUGGUGGCGUGUUUUAAAUGUGUAAAUUUUUUGGCUGCAGCAGCCGAAGCUAACAAUUUUU